UGGUCGCCUUCGCUAUAAGGGGGGGGAAGCGAUCGAUUCGGGCGGCCGGGCCGCGUCUCUUGGCAGGGGCGAGGCGGGGGAGGAAGCCUGGCGGCUGGUGGGCCCGGCGGGGCCGGAUCCCCCGGCUGCGAGGGGACUGCUGGUGCUUUCCGCGGCUGACAGCUCAGGGCACGGCGCGGGGGAGAGCACGGCACGUUUCCAGUUUGCGGCUGGGACAGUGAGAGAGCCCAGCCCUCGUCCUGACGGCACAUGGCAGCAGGGCGCCGGGGUUCGGCGCAGGUUAACUAGGUCUGGGCUCUCCUAGCGCAGUCCGGCACUCCAGGCUUGCCGCCUUACCGCAGGAAUUAAAAAUGCAGCUGACUGUUGGCUUCUUUUUGGGCUGCAGUAUCUUCUUAGCUUCAGGAUACGACUCCUUUAGCAAGAGCAUGGAGACGAUAGGCAAGAAGCAGUACCAGGUCCAGCACGGGUCCUGCAGCUACACCUUCCUCCUGCCCGAGGCGGACAACUGCCGCUCCUCGGCGUCCUACGUGUCCAACGCGGUGCAAAGGGAUGCACCUCUAGACUACGAUGAUUCUGUUCAGAGACUGCAACUGCUUGAAAACAUCAUGGAAAACAACACUCAGUGGCUAAUGAAGCUUGAGAAUUACAUCCAAGACAGUAUGAAGAAAGAAAUGGUAGAGAUCCAGCAAACUGCAGUGCAGAACCAGACUGCAGUAAUGAUUGAAAUAGGCACAAACUUACUAAAUCAAACAGCUGAACAGACCCGCAAAUUAACAGAUGUUGAAGCACAAGUAUUAAACCAGACAACCAGACUUGAACUUCAGCUUUUGGAACACUCUCUUUCAACAAACAAACUAGAAAGACAGAUUUCAGAUCAGACCAAUGAGAUAACUAAAUUACAAGAAAAAAACAGCUUUCUAGAGAAAAGAGUUCUUGAGAUGGAAGACAAGCACACACUUCAGCUGAAGUCAAUAAAAGAUGAAAAAGAUCAGCUUCAAGUCCUGGUAGCCAGACAGAAUUCUAUAAUAGAAGAACUAGAAAAACAGUUAGUUACAGCUACAGUAAACAACUCAGUUCUGCAAAAACAGCAACAUGAUCUGAUGGAGACUGUUCAUAACUUGCUUACUAUGAUAUCUACACCAAACUCUAAGAACAACUUCAUAGCUAAAGAGGAGCAAAUCAGCUUCAAAGACUGUGCUGAAGCUUACAAAUCUGGACUGACGACGAGUGGAAUCUAUACUUUAACAGUUCCCAACACUGUGCAAGAAAAGAAGGCCUACUGUGACAUGGAAACUGGUGGGGGAGGUUGGACAGUCAUUCAGAGACGUGAAGAUGGCAGUGUGGACUUUCACCGGACAUGGAAAGAGUACAAGAUGGGAUUUGGUGAUCCUGCUGGGGAGUACUGGCUGGGAAAUGAGUUCGUUUCUCAACUGACUAAUCAGAAGCGUUACGUUCUUAAAAUACACCUGAAAGACUGGGAAGGAAGUGAGGCAUAUUCAUUGUAUGAUCACUUCUCUCUAGCAAGUGAAGAACUAAAAUACAGGAUCUACCUUAAAGGACUUACUGGGACAGCGGGCAAAAUAAGUAGUAUAAGCCAACCAGGAAAUGAUUUUAGCACAAAGGAUGCAGACAAUGACAAAUGUAUUUGCAAAUGUUCACAAAUGCUAACAGGAGGAUGGUGGUUUGAUGCAUGUGGCCCUUCUAACCUCAACGGAAUGUAUUACCCAUUACGACAAAACAACAACAAGUUCAACGGUAUCAAGUGGUACUAUUGGAAAGGCUCCGGAUACUCUCUCAAAGCCACGACUAUGAUGAUUCGACCAGCAGAUUUCUAAAUGCUUUUGCAUUAUGUGAAUUAUGUAUUUGUAUAGUCUUCAAAGACUUCAUUUGCUGAGCUUAUAAACACACAUCUGCAACUUGUCUCAUUUUCAAGUCCAGAAAAAUACGCUAGUGUUCUGAAGGGAUCAGUUCAGUACAAUUCCUGAAUUGCAGUAGCCUUGAUCAGCUAAAGCUCAUAUUAUUCAACCAGACACAAAGUCUAAAGCAUCAACCUGAUUGAUAUAAUAGUGAUUUGGUGAAAUGACUGAAUAAAAAGAACAUCCAAGAAACUGUCAAGACACAUUAAGGACUGUUUUACUGAUCAUUUAUGUUACGUAUGUGUUAGUAAAUAACUGGAACUGUGAAAAAUACCUAAAAUAGUUUUAGAAAUACGCAUUUUGCCUCAUCACUGAACAUUAAACAUUACUCUAAUAUAAAACACUUAACCAGUAACUAUUUAUCUCUCUGUGUCAUGUUUGCCUUCUGUGUACAUAAAAAACUACUGUCCUGUAAUUAGCUCAAUACUGUAGUUAAUGAAUAUGUUCUUUCCCCUCAUAGUGUCCUAAACAAGUUCUUACACUUAUUCAGGGAUUUUUUUCCAAUAGCCUGUAUUACUUUAUUUAACAGAUGACAAAUAACAUUUAAGUACUUUGCAUUUAUUCUUGGGAAAUACCAUGUACGAAAAUCACCAUUUCUUUCAGUUUGUACGUACUGCUGUCACGAUCUUUAAGUUACAAAAAUCCCUGCAAAUUACAAUAUAGUGUGUAUUUCUUUGUAUUUUUGUGAAGAUUGCACUUUUUUUCUUUCCUUGUUAUUUACCUGUAAAAUAACUGAUCUGUAUUUUAUAAACUGAGACAACGGCAUUACCACCAGGUGUCCGGUUGUCUAUGACAAUCUGUUAUCACCUGGUGCUGUAGUACAUCUAUAAGUUUUGUAAAAAUGACCUAACUGAAAAACAUAUGCAGGUUCUUUGAUACCAUUAAAUUCAUGCUUAUGACUUAAGAUGCAAAUUACUACAUGUUAAAAACAGUAAAAAAAGAAUCUGAAAUUUAUCUAAAUUAAUUCUGUUGGCUUUUUUCAGUAAGGUUAGGACUUCUCCCUAGGUGGGCCCUUAACGUAUGCAACAAUGUGAGUAAAUUACUCUACUAGGUGAUGUUUACUUUUUUUUAAAUUUAAGUACUGUAUGCUUUAAAAUUGUGUACUGUACACUAAAGUUCACAUUAAGAAGAUAUUUCUUCAUAAAUCACACAAAAUAGUUUUGUGGAGAUUUUUCCCCAAAUUAACUUUAGGUUUUAAUUCUCAUGCUUAGUCUUUGCCUUGAAGUAAUAUUUUUGUAAACUUUUAAUUUCAGUGGAUGACUGAAUUAGUUACAAGGCAAGAGCAUCUCUCAUAUCAGAACGAAAACCCCAGACACAAUGUUUCUGGAGGCUUACUUAACUAAAGGUAUUCCAUCUUAAAAACAGUAAAAGAUUUUGAGAAAGAUGGAAGAAACUCUUCAUUUUAUACAGACAGUCAUUAAAGCUGGUCAGAGUACCCCACCACUACUCUUUUUCACUGAAAAUGUGUCAGCAUUACUAAAGGGUAGCAGAGACAAGAAAUACUUCUUAUAUUACUUCAUGAUCUGAUGUUAAAUAAACCUAACAAAUGUAAAUUAACAGUCAUCAUCUGAAGAGCAUAAAAUAAUGUAUUUAAAGAUUACUAUUUAAUAUUUUAUUCUUUCUCCUCAAAAACUUGUAAGGAUAUACUUAUCCCAAACUAAAAAAAGUAGUUCAAAAAUUGCUUUCAUGAAUUUCUAAGAAAUGUCUUAAAGAGCAAGUCUAGCAGGUGGCCAGCAAGCUAGUAAACAAGCUAGACAAACCAAGAAGCACAUGACAUACCAAGAGAGGCCUAGAGAGCUGGCUUUUCUCGGCCUGGAGAAGGGAAGGGGAAGGGGAGACCUUACUGCUGUCUACAACUACCUGACUGAGGACACAGAGAAGAUGGAGACAGACCUUCUUGGCGGUGCGCUGCAAUGGAACAAGAGGCAGCAAACACAAGUUGGAAUUGGGGAAAUGCAUUUUCUUUUUAAUUUAUUCAUUUAUGACCAUGAGGGUGGACCGGAGAAUCCCUUGGAGCACAGCACUGAACCAGACAACCUUCAGAGGUCCCUUCUGAUCUAAAAUACUUUGUGAUUCUAUGAAAUUUAAUAGAAAUUCUGAGUCUAGAUUACUGUAGUGUUUCAUUGCAUUUAAUUAGGCAACUAAAGAAAAUACCCCCAAUAUUUGAGAUUGUAUGCAUAUCCAGCCCAAUAGUCUAAAAAAACCCAAAACCAAAACCAAGAAAAGCUUCUUAAAAACCAUGAUUGAAUCUGGGACAGUAUGAAUGCUCAACCUGGCAAAGGAAAAUAGUGCUAAGUUUUGGUUGACUUUACCUUUCAUUAUUUUAGUAAGAAAACACUAUAUGACAGGAAUAGUUACAUAUUGCAUGGUUAGUUUUGAUUUGCUGAAAAAAAGUCUUUAUGAGGCUUAAGGCCUUUUGAUGACUAUUCUGGGAAAGUGAUCAAAGAUAGUGGUGUAGACAUUGAAUGGAUCAAUUGUUUAAUGACACUUUUUCAUUUUUUGGGAAAAUGGAGUAACUCAUCAACAGGAAUGUAGAAUUUCAAAGUGAAUGCUUUUAAAUGACGUUUUAAAUGAGAUUGCAUGGCUUAAACUGCAACCAUCAAAGUGAAGUGAGAGGACGUUUCAGAAGGAAUGCCAUUACUGGAAAAAGAAGGCUGCAACAACUGCUUUGGACCUGACACAAACAAUUAAAAUGUAACAGCAAGAUAGUCCCUUCUUUUAAUUCCCUCCUGUAAUCAAAUAAACAGUAUUUAAAAGUGGAAUGCACUUCCAUUUUCUCUAAAUACACAAGGAAAGGAAUAUGAACAUAAUUCAUGCUCAAAUAAUUAUUAUAUCUUUAAAAAUAUGGUAUCUGUUACAGUAAGAAACCAGAAUGACUCAGGGAAUGAUUGGAAAAGUGAUGGAAAUACCACCUUGGACACUACGUUCCUCUGCAAGAGGAGCACAUGGCAAAACAAGUGAUUUAGGUUCUCAGCACAACCAUAAUGUCCCUUAAUUUUAUCUUGUCACCAUCUCUCAAUCUCAUCCUCCUCCUCCAUAUUUCUGCUUUAGGAAUAAAGACUGUAAACGGAAUCUACAACCCCAGCAGGAACGACUUUCAAAGAAUGUUAUGUAUGUUGUUACUGAUGGUACACUUGGUUAUUAAACAAAGUAGUCUAAGAAGAAACAAAAUUCAAACCAGCUUAAUCUGAAGUACUGUGUUCUUUUUUCGUACAAAUAACAGAAAAGAGGGGAAAAAAGCAUGCUGCUUAUUUUUCGCGUUUUUACCAUUCUUAAUGUAUUUGCUAUAUAUAAAAAAAUGAGUUUCUCCUUUUAGAAAAAAUACUACAUUACAGUGGAUGAUUUGGUUCUUUGGGCUUAUUUCAGAAUAACUACUACAGUUUUCCUACACUUUGAGAACAUACAGCAUAUACUCAUGAAAUAAAAUCUUCACCUUGAACACAUAAACUUACAUACAGAUUUAGAAAGAAUGUUAAAAUUAACAGUUAAUAUUAUAGUAAAGUUCAAACCCCUUUAAAUGUUCUUUCCUCAAAGCUUAUAUGAAACUUUGAGAACCAAGUAGCAGAUGAUAAUAUAUUUAACUAGCUGCUACAAUGUGUAAGAGAAAUUGUGAAACCUUUUUUGGAAAAACUAUUAAAACUAUUAUUGACUAGUAA